GAUCUUGUGUGUGUUUGUGUGUGCGCAGACUGUUGGCCACAGAAAGAGAUGGGCUAGGACAAUACGUAGCUGGCUGGCUCCAAUAUAAUUCAUUCAUCAUUGUAGUGUGUGUGUGUGUGUGGAGAGUAGUAGGGGUGGGGGGUGUGUGUUAGUGUGUUUGUGUGUCAGACGGUAUUCCUGCUCGUCUCGCUCCACCAGUUAAGUUAAAUCAGAGGCAGUCACUGGCACACUGUGGUGGUCUCUCUAUCUCUCUGUCUGUCCUGCUCUGAAAGCAUCAACAGCCUCCUGGUUCAGCACCACAGGACUCGCUGAGGCCCUCGCCCAAGGCCGGUAUCAGUCACCACAGACGCACCCUGCCGACAGGGCCCCCUGUUUAAAAGUCCCAGGAACUGGCACUAAAAAGGGAAAAUGCAGAAUAUAACGGCAGGAGCGACAGAAGGGAUAGCUCUGACAUGCGGCAUGUCUGGAAGCCAUGACUUCAUCUUCACCCUGGUACCCAUCGUCUACGGCUGUAUCUUUGUCAUCGGCAUUGUCGGAAACAGUUUGGUAGUGGCUGUCAUCUACUGCUACAUGAAGCUCAAGACUGUGGCCAACAUCUUUGUGCUCAAUCUUGCUGUUUCUGACCUUACCUUUCUUAUUACUCUACCCAUGUGGGCCACCUUCACCGCCACAGGCUAUCACUGGCCCUUUGGAGGAUUCCUAUGCAAAGCAAGUGCAGGGCUGGUGAUUUUUAACCUUUACACCAGCAUCUUCUUCCUCACAGCACUCAGCAUCGACCGUUACCUUGCCAUCGUCCACCCAGUGCGAUCGCGCAGGUUCCGCACUGUGGUGUACGCACGCAUCACCUGUGUAGUGAUCUGGCUUUUUGCCUUUGUGCUUAGUGUGCCCACAGCACUGACCAGGGAUGUCCACAACAUCACAAACUCUAACACUACAGUGUGUGGCAUUCUGCACCCAAAAAUCGAAAAUGUCAUUAGAUUGAAGGAGCUCCUGCUGGCCAUCAGCUUCAUGAAAAGCCUGCUGGGCUUCCUGGUGCCCUUCGUUAUCAUCAUCACCUGUUACUGCCUUAUUGGACAGGCACUGGUGGGGGCGAGACACAUCCAGAAAAGCACCCGUUCCAGGGAUGACGAAGUACUGCGCAUGCUUGCAGCAGCUGUCCUUGCCUUCUUCUUGUGCUGGGUGCCCCAUCAGGUCUUCCACUUAAUGCAGUUGCACACCCAGCUGACAGUGGUGGAGGACUGUGCCAUCCUGGAAAUCAUUGACACUGCCAUGCCCUUCACCAUCUGCAUUGCCUACUUCAACAGCUGCGUUAACCCAAUUGUAUACGGCUUCGUGGGACGCAGCUUUCGCAAAAAAGUACUGCGUCUGUUGUGUUGCUCGCCAGGUGCAGCGACAGGGCCUCACCCGAGCAUCAGCUCCAAGAUGAGCGCCCUCUCUUUCCGUGCCUCUGAGGCCUUGAGCCUCACAGCCAAAAGUAAGGCCUCCUCUGACAUUAAGUAAGGAAAGAAAUGAAGAAAAGGGGUACAAGUUCACUCUCCCCGCUCUUUUGGUCUGUGGUUAAGGGGCCGGGGAUGGCAGACAUUCCAUGCUUUAAAAACCCCCACUGUAUUAUCAAGCACUGAACCAUGCAGAAUGGUUGAAAUGUUGUAUUCAUGUCUCUCUGUAAGUAAGUCCAAGAGAAAUUUGCUACCUUUUGCAAGGCUUAUCUGCAGAAUAAUUAGUCAUAAUCCAUCACAUGUCACACAACAUUCACGCUCUACACAAACAUCUGGUUUAAAAAAAAAUGCAGGAAUGAACUAUCAUCAGUAGAGAUUUGCCCUGCUAGAAAAGACUAUAUAUAAUUACAGAAAGUGUAUCCAUUUAUUUAUAUAACAUAUGCAUGUACUGCAGGAUUUUGUUGCCAUUGUGACUUCAGGAUACAGUGCAGUAAUAUAUUGUCCAGUGAUAACCAUUCUGUGUGCACAGCAGGUCUUUCACCAGUUGGAACAGUGAUCAAGUGCUUAUCAAAGAUGCCAUAGCUUAAAAAAAAAAAGGAAAUAUAUAAGCCCCCCAUGCAUACUCUGCCAAAAGCUGUAUACAUGGCACAAUUGAUGUGAUGAAAAUGUAUAUCAUUUAGUAACAAUAUUUGACUAUGAUAACUUGUGCCUGUAUGCUAUAUGUGAUAAUGUCAAAUGAUGUGCUCUUUGUAAUGUAUAAUAAGUGUUUGCAUAAUAAGGUUGAAAUGCUGAAAUGUUGCCUAUUCUGGGAGUAACAUGUUGUAUAAAUAAGAGUGCUACAUGAACACUCCAGGUAGAGUGAUCAUUGUCAGUAUCUCUGGUUGUCUUUGUGGUAUUUAAACAUGUUCAUAGAUUUGUUUUCCUACUCUGUAAAUGUACAGUUUGUGAAUAUAUAAAAAUGUGAAUAAAAUGGAAAA